UCCUAAUCCCUACCACUACAUCGUAUCUUCGUAAUUUUUAUUUAUUUUCAUACAUAUUGAAAGUUGAUUUAUUCAAUUUAACAUUUUUUUUUACUUAUAUCAAAAAGAAUAAUUUUAUUAAUUUAUUUGAGCGACGGAUGUAUGUUUGUUACAACAAAUUUAAAUCAUGGAUAAUUUGUCAGACUCAAUUAUCCAAUAUAAAAAUCAAUUGCUGAUAGUGAAGCAAAGCCUUGAAACAAACAAAAAUCCAGAAGAGCGCAAUUCUUUAUUAGAAUUAGAAGCUGAAUUGCAGCAACUAAUUGAUUUAACCGAAGAAAGUUUGAAUGCUCAAUGUCAACAAGAAGCUGAAGAGGAUUCCCUACAACUUCAAAAUGACGAUAGUCAGAAUGAAUUGGACAGCGAAUAUGCUCUAUUUAUGCAAGAAAUGGCACAGAGUGGAGCUUAUGAAAAAGAUAAAUGUCAAGAAACACUUGAAAAAUCAACAGAGAAUAGCCAAAAUGAAGACAGUGACAUAGAGGAUGAGUUAGCCUCUCUUCUUGGUAUGAAGUGUGCAGUUUACCACCAGCAUUCAUGGGGAGGGCAACCAAGCCUACACAAUGCAAUGGUUAGUGCGGUGGUCCCUAGGCAAGAUGAAGACAGGUUUAAUGAUUUACAGGUACGAGUUUUAUUUACACACCCCACUCAUACAGAAAUGUUACCAUGUCCAUUUUUUUUAAAUGGUGAAUGCAAGUUUGAUGAUGAAAAAUGUAGAUAUUCCCAUGGUGCCCUAGUACAAUUGUCAGAAUUAAAAGAAGCCAUAGAACCCAAAUAUGAUACACUCAAAGCAGGAAGUAGAAUAUUGUUGAAGCUUAAAGCACCUGAUGAUGAGGAUGUAAGCAUAGCAAAAAAGUCCACAGAAAAAUAUCAUUUAUGGCAUAGAGCUGUGGUAACCAGCGUUGAUCUAGAGAAUAGAUUGUGUGUCGCAAAGUUAGAGCAAGGAGUGAAAACGGGGGAGAAGAGAAAAUCAGCAGUAGAAGAAUAUCAUGUGCACUUUGAAGAGCUGUUUCCAUUAAACAAUGAUGAUGAUGAUAGCAGUGACUCAGAUGAUAGUAUCAGUGACACAGAGUACCCAGAAAUGAAGGUUGCUCGACCAGAUAUGGAUCAGGCGUUGAUUCUUGAUAAGAGUCUGCAGAAUAAUGCUCCUGCCAUGGGAGAGUGGGAGAAGCACACUAGAGGCAUAGGGUCGAAACUAAUGCUGGCGAUGGGCUACGUGCCGGGCGCGGGGCUGGGCGCGGCGGGCGCGGGGCGCGUGCAGCCGGUUGAGGCGCGCGUGCUGCCGCGCGGCUCCAGCCUCGACCACUGCCUCGCGCUCUCGCAACGAGCCGGUACACAGGAUCCGAUGAAGGUUGAGCAGCGACUAAAAAGGUUACAAAAGAAGGAAGAAGAGAGAAAUAAGAGAUCAUACGAGAGAGAGAAAGAAAGAGAGCGACGAAACGUUUUUAACUUUCUCAACAAAACCCUAGGCGAUAGUGCUGAAAAAUCUGAGCCAACCCCAGCUACUUCCAUAGAUUUAAAACAGUCUUCUAGUAAAGAUUUAAAUAUAGAACAAUUUAAAAUAGAAGAAGAUAGUAGAAAAAUAGAGAAUGAAAUUAUCAAGUUAAGAAAUACACUGAGCAGAUAUCCUGCAGGAACAAACGGUAACCGAAACGUCGGUAAUCAAAUAACAGAAAAGAACAAAGAGUUGGCGGCUUUAAAACAAAAGGGCCAACAGAUCGCCAGAGAACAAAAACUCAGAAAAGAUAAACAAAAGUUAACCAUGUUCUGAUUUUAUAUGUAUACUUGUUACUGAUUAUAAAUUGAUGAGAUUAUUAGAAAAAUCACGGUAAUCUCACGAAGAACUUGUUUUAAUCAAAAGUAUAUUUAAGGGCUAAAUACCUCAUUUACCGAAGACUGCUCUACGUUGUAUAAAAUCAUGUAAUAGACAAUAUGAGCGGAGCAUUAGUAACAACAUUGGCAAAUUGCAUUGGAAAAGGUUUAUCCAUUAUGCGAAUGAAAUCUUGCGGACAGCUAACAGUAUAUUACUGUGGAUAUGGAAUUACAUUAUCGAAAUGUAACCGUUUAUGAAUGUUAUUAUUUAUUUUAAGAUGCGAUAUAAGUAACCUUCUUUUUUUAAUUACACCAAA